GCUCUGCCUGCAUCCGAUAAGACAUCAGCGCUGACAAACGAGGGGAGGGGAGGGGGAGAGAGGGAUAUAGAGAGGGAGGGAUAGAGAGAGAGAGAGAAAGAAAGAGAAAAAGACAAGAGUCCGACCGAAGGCGCUGAGGAGGGAACAGGGUCAGGACACUCCAGUGGGGAAUCUCACCAGCCUGCUGAGGAGACUUACCGUUAGCGUUAGCACCUCUCAGAGCAGAAGCUACCAGUAGACUGAACUACAGAGAAACUGUCGAGCCACGGAUAAAACCAGCGCCUUCACCGAACGACAGCGACAGUGAUAAAAGAGUAAAGGGAGGAUUUGUAAAGAAAAACCUCAGGGCGAAGGAGAAAAGUGUGGAGGAACGCGCUCUUCCCUGCGGACGAAACCGGCUCUUAGCUGCGGCUAAAACCUGAGAGGAGCGGUGAGGAUGCGCGCGCGCGUCUCCCUGCUCGCGCUGCUCUGCCUGCUGCUGCACGCGGGGCGCGCGCACAAGUUCUCCGCGCUCACGUUCUUACGGGUCGAGCAGGACAAGGAGUGUAACAUGGAUUGUUCCGGGGCUCAGCGGAAGCCUCUGUGUGCAUCCGAUGGCCGGACCUUCUCCUCGCGUUGCGAGUUCCAGCGAGCCAAGUGUCGCGACCCCCAGCUGGAGGUCAUCCGAGGACCGUGCAAAGAUACGUCCAGGUGUGUUGCUGAGAAGAAGUAUACGGAGCAGCAGGCCAAGAAACUGUUCCCACAAGUCUUUGUACCUGUCUGCAACCCAGACGGCACUUACAGUGAGGUACAAUGCCACAGCUACACCGGUUAUUGCUGGUGUGUGACACCCAAUGGCAGACCCAUCAGCGGCUCAGCUGUAGCCAAUAAGAAGCCUCGGUGUCAGGGCUCGAAGCAAGAGAAGGUGCCUCCCAGAGAGCCAGGAAAAACAGUUUCCUUGCAAAUCUUCUCCAUUCUAAACGCAGAUGAAUCUCCUGGACUUGUCAUGGACCCCCAGCCGCCAGCCGAGGAGGAAGAGUUCAUCUCGCAGUACCCCACUCUGUGGACAGAGCAGGUGCGCAGCAGACAGAACAGAACCAGGACACAGUCUUCUUCUUGUGAUCAAGAGCAGCUAACAGCCCAAGAAGAGGCAAGACAGCAUAAGAAUGAGGCGGUGUUUGUUCCAGAGUGUGCUCAAGGUGGCCUGUAUAAGCCAGUCCAGUGUCAUCCUUCUACAGGCUACUGCUGGUGUGUUCUAGUAGAUACCGGGCGGCCCAUACCUGGCACCUCCACCAGAUAUGAGCAGCCAAAAUGUGACGGCAAUGCGAGGGCCCAUCCCAACAAACCCAAAGAUCAUUACAGGAACAGACAUCUGCAGGGAUGUCCUGGAGCCAAGAAAAGGGAGUUUCUGACGAGUGUCUUGGACGCACUGUCUACAGACAUGGUGCAUGCAGUCACAGAUCCAGCCACUGCUGGAAGAAUGCAGGAGCCAGACCCCAGCCACACUCUGGAGGAGAGAGUGGUGCACUGGUACUUCAGUCAGCUGGACAAGAACUCCAGCGGUGACAUUGGCAAGAAAGAGAUCAAGCCUUUCAAGCGUUUGCUGCGCAAGAAGUCCAAACCAAAGAAGUGCGUGAAGAAGUUUGUGGAGUACUGCGAUAUCAGCAACGACAAAGCGCUCUCCCUGCAGGAGCUCAUGGGCUGCCUUGGGGUCACGAAGGAAGAGGGGGCAAAAACACAAGGUGAAGGCACGACCUCCAGUAGACUGAACACCUCGAAGAAGCAAGGCUGAUGCAGCAGCUGAGAUUCUACAAUGAGAUUCUGCCCCCACCCAGCAGCGACGGAAAAAACCCAUAGUAUUUGCACUUUGUACUUUAAAAAAACAAAAAACAAUGUAAAUUCACUUUUUUGUAGAAAAAAGGAAGGUAUUUAAACAGACUGCUGAAUAUGUGAAUGGUGUUAGUUAGCUUUUUUUAUGUCCUUACAAAACGUUAAUACUUUAACACAUACAAUGUAUGUGUCCUUUGUGAGUUCUAAAAAAAGUAAAUGCUUUUUUUUCUGAGUUGUACAAGUUGUAUUACAUGUUGCUUUUGUGUUGUUAUGUUCUUUGUUGUAUUUUGUUCAUACAUGAUGACAGAUUUAUCAAUUAGCUGAAAGGAAUUAAUGCAUUAGACACCCCUGCUUCGCUCUCUGGCUCUUCAGUAGAGCGCUCCUACUCUUGUAAUAAAUGGUCUUAGAAUGGAGUUCGUUAAGACUGCUUUGUGUUAAUUAGCAAUAAAGACGUCUUUUUUUUUUUUACCUUUUAUUGUACAUUUUAUACCAGUACACUGUAUAUAUCAAGACUUGUCUGUGAAAUGUUUGGUAAACAGGAUUUGUGCCUGUAAUAAAGCUCUCUUCUAACUAAAUCUCCAA